AUGGCGCCCACGCACUCGACGUGCUUCUGCAACAACCGCGGCGGCGUCGGCAAGACGUUCAUGGCGUUCCAGACCGCGUGCGAGGCGGCGAGAUCUCGCCCCGACGCGAACGUCUUGGUCGUCGAUUUCUCCCUCUACAGCGACGUGACCGCGCUCCUCCUCGGCGGCAGCGCGCGCGAGGGGUUCGGCGCGCCGAUGAAAGGCCUGCAGGUCACGGUCGAGAACACGACCGCGGACACGCGCGCGGAGGGGCUCAUUCGCGACCUCGAGCUCGCGAUCGACGCGGACGACGACGACGCGCGCGCGGGAAUGAAGAAGAAGACGAAGGGCUCCGUCUUCGGCGCGUUCUUCUCGAAGCCGUCGCCCGCCGCGGCCGCGUCGUCGCGACGCGAGAUCGACCUCCAGAAGUACAUGAUCCGCCCCGCGGCGCACAACCCCGCGAUCCCGCCGAACUUGUACCUGAUCCCCUCCGCGGGCGCGGUGUCUUGGACAGACACGCAAGAGACGAACGACGACGCCGCCGACGCCGCCGCCGACGACGACGAAUUCGUGGACGCGAUGGACACGACCGACCGCGCGCCGCUGUGGACGCGCAAGGGCGACGCGUGGCACCGCGCCGGUGCGCGACUCGCGAGGGCGCUGGACGACCUCCCGCCGAGCUUCGACGCGGUUUUCGUGGACACCGACCACCUCGCGGCGUGCGUGCUCACGAAGUUGGCGCUCGCGUCGUGCGAGUCCGUCGUCGUGCCGCUGUCGUUCGACGACGGCGACUUCAACCGGCUGUUCCAGGACGUCACCGGGAACGCGCUGUUCACGGACGUGAUGAUUCCGAUGAAGGCGAAGGGCCAACUCCGCGCGCGGGUGAAGCGGAUGGUGUUCAGCAAGGUGGGCAGCAACAAAAACGAAGCCGUGACCACCGCCGGCGGGAUCGAGUCGCCGUUUAAGCCGUCGAAGACGGUCAUGGAUCAGAUGGACGCCAUGGCGCAGCAAGUCUGGGCCGCGUGCACGCACGACGAGCGAUACAAGCAGCUCUUCGCGGGCGCGGAGGAGCUCGCGCCGGGCCAAUACGGGGGCGGAAACAUCGUGGGCGCGUUCACCGCGAAGUUCUUCACGGCGAUGAAGAUGGCGCCGGACCUGGCGGCGAAUCUGAGCAAGAUGAUGGGGCUGCCCCUGUGCACGAUGACGUCGCGGACGUACCACGCGCCGUCGGGGCUGGAGGGGCAGUCUGGGAAGCCGGUGUUGGACUCGCUGAAGUCGGAGACGCAGCGGUUGGUCGCGGGGUUGUUGGACGACCGGUACAACCUGCCGUUGUUAGAGAGCUGAUCGGAGGACGCUUACUACGUCGAGUAGGAGUAGGAGGAUAGGAGGACGUGGAGUAGGAAGAAAUCUAGGUAGGAGGAGGCGGAGGAUACAGACCCGAAUAUACUGUAGCAGCGCGUUUGUGUUUGUUUGAUUCGUUCGCUACACGU